AAUCAUGUGACCCAACCAGUCUCUUUCUGUCUGUCUAUCACUCUAAAUCAAAAGCCAUAAACUUUGUGUAAAUCCCUAUAACCCACCCCCCGCACCCUUCUUUUCUUUUCGUUUUUUGGAGUUUUUUUGUAUUCUUUCUGUUGUUUCUCUUUGAGAACUCUAGAGAGAGAAAGUGAGAGAGAGAGAGAGUAUUUUGUUUCUUGGUUUGGGUUCCAUGGCUUCUAGUGCUUCAAGGUUCAUCAAAUGUGUGACAGUAGGAGAUGGGGCCGUUGGGAAAACCUGCAUGCUUAUUUGCUACACAAGCAACAAAUUCCCUACUGAUUAUAUACCCACAGUGUUUGAUAACUUCAGUGCCAAUGUUGUAGUUGAAGGCACAACAGUGAACUUGGGCUUAUGGGAUACAGCUGGGCAAGAGGAUUACAAUCGAUUAAGGCCAUUAAGCUACAGAGGGGCUGAUGUAUUUGUCUUAGCUUUCUCAUUAGUUAGUCGUGCAAGCUAUGAGAAUGUCAUGAAAAAGUGGAUUCCUGAGCUUCAGCAUUUUGCUCCUGGAGUUCCUGUAGUACUCGUGGGCACCAAACUCGAUCUUCGUGAGGAUAAGCACUAUUUGGCUGAUCAUCCAGGAUUGGUGCCUGUGACUACUGCACAGGGCGAGGAACUGCGGAAACAGAUAGGCACUGCAUAUUAUAUAGAAUGCAGCUCAAAAACUCAGCAGAAUGUGAAAGCAGUUUUCGAUGCAGCAAUUAAGGUUGUCAUCAAGCCGCCGCAGAAGCAAAAAGAAAAGAAGAAAAAGCAACGCCGAGGAUGCCUAAUAAACGUUCUUUGUGGAAGGAAACUCGUGUGUCUCAAAUGAAAGUCUUGUCGCGAUCAUAGGUUUCGUUUUUGGCCGCAACAACUUGUUAUGCUCUUGGUUGUCUCCUACUUGGAGUUCUGAUGGAACUUGUAGAGCAUAUCUUACCAUAGCUCUGUCCAACAGUGACUACUACUACUGUGACCCCUUUAUUUUUUUUUUUGCCCUUUCUUUUGUAUUUUUUAUUUUUUUCUUCAACUCUAUAUUUGAAAGUAUAUGGGGAAAAUAGUAUCCUUUAGACACUAACUUUUGCAUAUAUUGGUGGUCCAUUGUAAAGAAUCGAGGUUUCAAAGGUUUUUUCUUUUACACGAGAAACCCCUGCCUG